ACAUAUAUUACUAAAAUGGCAAAGUGCAUGUCUUCUUGGUACAUUGUGCUUAGACUUGAGAUUAGUUUAUCGCUUGGCCUGAAAUCAUUGCUUCAAAGAAGGUGUUGGAAAAGCUGAGCUGGCUAUGGUGACAGUACAUGUAAAGAAAGAAAAGAGAGUGGAAAAUAGUGUAGACAAGAAGAAAGUGUCAACAUUAAGAGCAAAGAUCAACAAAAUCCCAGUUAUGCAGUCACUGCCUGAACAUCCAGAACCUUCUACAGAUGAAGAUGAUCAGGAGGAGGAUGAUACUAUUGAUGAUGAACUUGAUGAUUUUGAUCUGUCUGAAAGCAGUUCUUUCUGCAGUGACUGGUCUACAGCUUCUCUGUCUUACUCUAGCACUGAUUUACACUGGUCUGACGAUGAGUCUGAUAGAUUCGAGGACAGUUUUCGUAGUCGUAGGCCAAGCGUCAGUUCAAAUUACUCAAUUAGCAGUGACAUCUGGGAAUCAUUCCGGUCAAACAUCAAUGCCUCCAGCCUUGGUGAAGUCACCAAGAGGUCACACGAGGCUGUAUCUACUUGGUGUCACUACUUACCGUCUUCCGAGCAUACAAAGUUUCUGAGACCAGUUCCCACAGAUGAAUCUGUUAAAGAACGUAUGCCACUGGAAACUGUUGCACUCGAUCAGAUGCUCACGUCUGCACAUGAUUACUCGUUACGUGCAUGCAUACCAAUAAUGGAUAGUAUGUCUUCCAUGCAUUGCAGUGGCUUGGACACGGGAGCUGAUGGAAAUUCUGAAAGGGCCGUACCUGUAAACCACUGUAUUGUGUCACUCAAGGAUGCAAUGAAGUUGGUCAUUGCUGCUUGUGACAAGCUGAAGAAGGCACGCCAGCAGCUUGUCAGUCCUUUCCUGACUCCGUCAAGCAAUGUUUAUGACAAUGGUUUUGGUUUCCAUGCUGUUUUUGAACCAUACAGCUAUAACAAUCUUAAUUGCCAUGCUCAGAUUAAUGGUUAUGGGGAAGAAAAAAGGGUGGAUGUUGUACAGGAAUCAACACAGACACAAACGCAAUCAUUAGGAAUGAAGAUAACUGAACGAAAGAGCCGCAUUCCCAUUCGCAUGACACGCUUAAAUAAAGUUGCGAUAUCAACAAAACGACGUGGAACAUUUUUAGUGCAUGACAGAAAAGACUGGUUGAAAAAUUUACCAACUAUAUUUAGUGAUAUGUAGUCGGAUUCAGAUUCAAAUCAGCUAGUCAUUUAGAUCUAUUUUUAUGCUGACGGAGAUGGAGCUAGUGAUGGUGGUUGAUGCGAUUGAUAAAUUAAUUGAUAUUUUUUUAUUGUUUCAUUCAACAGCAAAUACCUCUCCAAUUUAGGAAGAUUCAAACAUGUCUAGGUAUAUGAAAAAAUUAGCUCUUACUUUGAAACUGUCGUCAGUAAUUCUCUCUAUUUUUACGCGAGUCUUUUGCAGAAUUGACCGAUAUAUCACAUUAAUACAUUAUAUGUGAAGAAACCUUUUUUACAAUGUAGGCCCAUUGAAAGCUAAUAGCUGUACCACUGUUGUUUGGUCAUAUGUAUUAUAAUUAUCACUAUUACUAAUUAUUAAACACAAAUUUCCCAUUGCUGAAUACAAAAAAGUAAUUGGAACUGCACCAUUUUGACAGCAAAUGGCAGUUCGUUCAAUGUAAAAUACUAUGUUCUAACUAAUCUCAGAGCCUGUGUUGAUGUUGCUGUGAAAGCAAUAGACUUCUAGAAGCAAGUCCUCGCACAUUUUUAAACACUUCCAAAACUCAGUUACAUGUAAAAACACAUCUAAUUCAGACUGUUUCACUGUUCUUGAUUCCACACACAAUAACUACUUACUUAAAAUUAAAGAAGUCCUUUAAAUUGCUUGGGAAAUCCUUUACUUAACAAACAAACAAAUCAUUAAUAUUAUUCUCUCAUUCUAAUUCUUAUAUACAUGUCUUAACCACAGUAUUCAGCUUUAAUGUACAUGACUUGCCUUAGUAUUUGUCUGUUUGCCAUACAUCUGACCAGUAGUUAUAUAAACCAGUGGUAGCAUAAACACUAUUGCCUGAUGGUGACUUGUUACACGUCAUUACAUGUUGAUUAUUAGUAUCAAAUAUUAGAUGUAGAUAACUGCAUUUGCAUUAUUAUACUAUUUAAAACAUAAGAAAGAGUUAGUUCGAAAAUUUCCCAUUAAUGAAGUAAAAAAGAGUAAUUUGAACUGCACCAUUUUGACAUCAAAUAGCAGCUUGUUUGUGACGUACCAUAAAACCAACAUAGAAUUAUAGAUUUUGUUGUAGCUUCUGACGCUGCAAUUGGUUAUUAAAACUAGUCUACUUAGCUGAUUGGCUAAUAAUGGUCAAAAUGAGGGCAAUAAUGAACUGUUUGACUUGCUGAAGGGUGAAACUCACCCAGCAUAUGCCUAAAGUCUUCUGUGUUGGUAAAAUACAACACCACCUUUUAAAUAUCUGCAAGUUGAACUGUGUCAUUUUAUAGUUCUAUGAAUCUGCAUUAAAAAAUGGAUUAGUAGGUUCUUAAACAGACCCAAGUUUGUUAUCAGUUGUUUGACUUCUGUAUUUUCAGCAAUAUUAUUAGUGCAAUGUUUAAACUCUCGUAUCUAGUUGCUUCUGUUUUUUUAAUCUCAGGUGAAACUUAUCUAUAUAUUUUAGUGUUUAAAGUGUACUUAAUGAAUGACAAUUUAAAUGGUUAUAAGAAUAUAAUUACUACUGCUAAAAUUGGUGAAUAAAGUGAU